CCCCCCUUUGCUACAGCUGUGCAGCAGCACACAUCAACCGAAUGCACGAUCCGAACAGCAUCGUGGCUACAAAUAAUACGUCUAAAAUAUUCAAAUGAAUCGGUAUUGAACGAAAGUAGCCCUGGAUGACACAAAAUACUGUAAUAAACAAAAUUACUGAUGGAAACUGACAACCCAAGAUCAGCCAGUUGAGGACACCUGGGCCCCCCUUUGUACUGUGACUGUCUUGUACCACAAUGCUUGGCCUUCAGGGAAGUACCUCAUCCCCUAAAAUGUAUCGCUGUGUGGCUUGUUCAGCCACCUUUACUGGAUUGGCAUCCUUGUUGGUGCACCAAGCUUCUCAUGCAGUUCAAUAUGACAAGCAACCACCACAAUCUGAGAAGCAGCCUAUGUGCACUCACUGUGGUGAAGUGUUUUCAAACAAGGAGCUCCAAGACCAGCACUGCUGCAACGCAGUACCUGAGACCCCAGCUCUCUCUCUUUUUAUCUGUGAUUGUGGGGAUGAGUUUCAGAACUUUAAUGAAAUGCUGGAGCAUAAAAGAUCUCAUGUCUCAACCCCCCAGCAGCAGACCCAGACGACUGAUGCCAAAUAUUCGAGCCAAGAAGAAUGCAGUCUGGUUGAACCUGCCCAACCAGUCUCCCCUCAGCCAACCCUUAGCCAAACCAUUUUGGGCCUCAGUCCCCCCUCUCAUUCCUCACCUCUAUCUCCUGUCAAUCCUAGUUCAAUUCUCCCACAGCUUAAUAGCACAUCCACCGUUCCUGAAGUCUAUACAAAUAAGGGGUUUAUUGCCCUAACCAGACCUCAAGAGCUGAACAACCUCCCUCCAGGCGCAAGUGAGCAGGAAUUACAGCCUGAUGGGCUUGACCAACCUGAGAACAUCUCUACUGCACAGGAACCCUCGCCACAAUCCGUCCAGGAUGACACUCCUGAGGAUGCAGACUGUCCCGUUACAAGCGGCGCAUCUUCUGAAGAUGGUGGCCCAGCUAAGAAUGAGACAAUAAUGAGAAUGAUAGCAAAUGCCUACAUGAAACGUUAUCAACCUGCUCAACACUACCCAUUAAGACACAAGAGACUUGUGGUCCCCAAAAGAGAGCUUAUACCAGUGGAGGUGAUGUUACAAUCCAACCAAACAGCAGCAUCCACACCAGGGCCCUCUAUUGGCCAGUUAAGACACCUGCUUACAAAGUCUGGUGCAAAGACAAUAGCCCGUCCAUCUGGCAUCAUAUCUUUGACUCAGACCUUCUGCCCUGUAGUAGUUCUUGAGACCCGCCAAAAGCUUAUUGAUUCUAGAAAUAGGGCCACACAGGGGAGAUAUCAAUGUGGCCGCUGCCGAAGUGUUUUUCAGGACUUGGACAGCUUGACAGUGCAUCAUGCAUUACACAGGAAGGAGAUAGUGAAGUGUUGUCGUCACUGUAAACAACUGAUGAUUGGAAAACCACCCCUUCCAGACAACCACAUCUGUCCCCUGGCUCCCCACCAGCUUAGCUCAGUGGGGAGUAAAUGCCACUCUAUCAAAAAGACUGCAUCAUUCCAGAAGCAAAAGAAGCAACAACCACAAAGAAUCUUCCAAAAUGUUAAAGCUAGGACGCCUUACUUUUGUCAAGUGUGCAAGCACAGCUAUGCCCGUAGGUAUAAUCUCAAUGUGCACAAGUGUCAGGGGCCACCCCGUCCUCCUCAGCAUGCCUCCAAUUCUGCCCUGUACAAAAAUACUGCAUUUUGGGAAAACAUUAAAGCAAGGGAGCCUGUCACAGGCGUCCACCAGAGGCCUCUAAUCUCCAAAAACAUCGAUGUGGGCACUGACAGCACUCGUCAGAUAAAGGAGGAGGUGAUUUCUGCAGAAUCAAGGCCACAUCCACUGUUUCCUGAUUUGCUCUGGUCUGGUUCACCUAAAAGCUUCUCAUCCUUCUAUCCCAAAGUUUCCAAGCAUGUAACACCAGAAGAAAUUGAUUCAGGAUCUGCAACACUACAGCAAGGAGAUGGUGAAGGGGACAACGCAGCAAGUAGUUUUAAACAAGAAGGGAGAGAUGGAGAAUGGACAAUGCCUUUAGAUGAUUCUGAGAUCGACGUGCUGAUUGAGGCAGUAGAUGCAGAAGACGACGAUGAUUUAAUGCUACAAGAACCUAUUUCUCAGGGUCAUGUCAAGUCCACAAAGGAUGGCGUGCCUUAUUUCAUAAAAGAUGGUGCUAGACGUUUUCCCUGCUAUAGAUGUCAGAAAACGUACAGUCGAGGGUGCACAUUAAAAAAGCAUCAAAGGCUGUGUGGAAAUAGGUCAUUUUUGCCACAAUCUACCUACCGGGCAGUAGCGCAGAAAGUCAACAAGGGUCAAUUCCAAUUCGAUUGCUAUGUCUGCGGGAGGAGCUUUAACCGCAAAGAUAACAUGCUGAUUCAUAGGAAGAAGUGCCAGUUAAGUAGAACCGUGGCCAAGAAUGAUAAUGGACUUUUACAACAGAGCUUAUCAGCAGCCCAGGCACCACAAAGUAGUAAAACUCUGGAGGAUAAUGGGGAAAAUUGGGGUAUUAUGUCAUUGCCCAAUGUUCUCCCCAGGAGAGUGACGUGUGAGUGUGGUGCAGGCUUCACAUCCCCACGACUCCUCCUAGAGCAUUUGCAAAAGCAUGCACAGGAGUCCUAUACCUGCCCCACAUGCGGUGAGACACUGAGUUCCUGGGCAGACUAUGAAGUCCACCUACAAGUGCACAUGCAGCCUCAGCACCAGAUGUAUGGGGGAAUGCAACAACAGCGCUCUCCACCUCUACUGCUGAGGUUUCCACAGCAGCCACGUCAACGUCGGCAGCCCCUGCCAAAGCAGCGACAUACGCCUCCGCAACACUCUCUGCCAGCACAGCGCCCUCAGCCAAAUCAGCAACCUCUGCGGAAGCCUAGGAAGCCACAGCCGCGCUGCGUGUGCAUACGAUGCAGCAACACCUUUUGCAGUCGUGGUGCGCUGCUAAAGCACCUCUCCUGGAAUCGGUGUAAAGGUGACAGAGGAGCUAUUUCAGCGAAGGCAAACCACUGUUCCCGCUGCAGCAUGGACUUCCCCAAUGGCCUCAGCCUCAAGUUUCACCAGCUAAAUGGAAUGUGCAAGCCUGCCUUCAAGCCCAUGCGUUGCCCUGUGUGCGUGCGCUGGUUUGGCACUGUGGAGGGACUCCAGAAACACCUGCAAACACACGACCAGACCAACUCGUUUCGCUGCCUCAUCUGCCAGCGCCUCUAUCCCAGCCUACGGUCACUGAAAGACCACCGCAGAAAGGUCCAUUGCAUUUUGUCUGGAGACACAGCGCAGGUUACACAAUGAGAAUGAAUACUCUGAAAAUCAGAAUCCAACAGAACAUAUCAACAAUGGUUUUAGCUAAAUGUUUUUGCAAGAUCGGUUAUUGAUUUGAGGGAUUCAUUUUGUCUUGUGUAACCAUAUAUAAUCAUUAUUGUACUAUACUACUUUGAUUCUAUUUUCACUGUCCAUCAAUAGACUUAUCUUGCUCACUUGAACCUAUUUUCAUAGUCAUAGUUGUAAACUGUUGUAUUGUGCUGUAAAAUGCAAUGAUGUUCUUAGCUUGUUCUUAAAGGGAUACUUUGGGAUUUUGGCAAUGAAGUCCUUUAUCUACUUCCCCACUAUGAAGGAAGUUCGAGGUAGUUACCGUAGACUUCGUCAUUGUGCUAAUGCUAGUUAGCAACUUCCUUCAAACUGCACGCAGAGACAUAAAAAUGGUAUCGACAAGUUCAUCUGACUCUGGGAAGUAGAUUUUAAGGGCUUUAUUGCCAAAAUACUGAAGUAUCCCUUUAACUCUUCAGCCAUUAUUAAAAUGUACCACUUAUUGUUCAACUGCUAUUUUAGGUUGUGCAAAAACGUUGAUGGUUAUAUCUUAGUGUGGUAGCUAUCAGUGCAUUGUGGAGAAAACAAUUAAGUGAAUAUACACUACAAAGUAUGUGCACA